AUGGGGCCCGUCAAUCGAUGUCUGCCCGCUCUUAGGCGCAUCCGAGUCGCCAACAGAGCUUUCCAGCAGCCUGCACAUCUCCGCUCCGCAUAUCAGGCCUCGUCCAUUCGAUGUUAUGCCCAGGCCACGACGACCGCUUCCAAUGCCGAGCACGACCCUCCCGAGUCACGAUCUGGCGUCAGCAGCACCAAGGAGAUCAAGUACACCACCGACUCGUACCCACAGAUCAAACGAGAUUCCCGCUUCAAGGAGAUCAAUGCAGAUGAUGUCAAGUUCUUCAAGGAGGUGCUAGGCGCGGAUAAUGCUCUCAUCGAUGGAGUCACUCAGGACGCCACGAGUGAUCUGGAAGGCUACAAUGCAGACUGGAUGAGAAAGUACAGAGGCAAGACGAAGCUCGUGGUCAAGCCAGGAUCCACGGAAGAAGUCAGCAAGAUCCUCAAGUACUGCAACGACAACUUGAUAGCUGUGAAUCCUCAAGGCGGCAACACUGGACUGGUGGGAGGCUCGGUCCCCGUGUUCGACGAGAUCAUCAUUAACUUGGCUCGAAUGAACAGGAUUCGCGAGUUCGAUGAGGUGUCUGGCAUUCUUGUUGCCGAUGCUGGUGUUGUGCUGGAAGCUGCAGACAACCACCUUGCUGAGCAUGGGCAUAUUUUUCCUCUAGAUCUUGGUGCCAAAGGAACCUGCCAACUAGGGGGCAAUAUUGCAACAAAUGCAGGAGGUCUCCGUUUGCUGCGGUAUGGUAGCUUGCACGGCAAUGUACUUGGUCUGGAAGCCGUCUUGCCAGAUGGCACAAUCGUCGACGAUCUCGGAAAGUUGCGAAAGAACAACACUGGGUACGAUCUGAAGCAAUUGUUCAUUGGAGGCGAAGGCACCAUCGGCAUUGUCACAGCUGUUUCGAUCAUAACGCCACAGCGCUCGCCUGCUGUCAAUGUUGCCUAUUUCGGCCUGGAGUCAUACGAGAAAGUGCAGCAGGCUUACAAGGAGGCCAAGGGCUAUCUUCAAGAAAUUCUCUCUGCUUUCGAGCUCAUGGACGCUAACUCACAGAAAAUAUACACUCGCGCUACUGGUAACAAGCUCCCGCUGGACGGCGAGUACCCAUUCUACUGCCUGAUCGAGACGUCAGGAUCCAAUGCCGAGCACGAUCGCGAAAAGGUCGAGGCUUUCCUCGAACAUGUCAUGGGUGAGGAGAUUGUCGCAGACGGCAUCCUCGCAGAGAACGAGACACAGUCGCAGAACCUCUGGGCAUGUCGAGAAGGUGUCAGCGAAGCCUCUCAACAUUUUGGUGGUGUAUACAAGUACGAUCUGUCCAUACCUCUACCACAGCUGUACGAUCUUGUCUCCGAGGCAAGGCAGAAGUUUCUGGACAGUGGCCUGAUGGAUCCCGAAGAUGACAGCAAGCCUGUGCUGGACGUCAUUGGAUAUGGGCACAUGGGAGAUUCGAAUUUGCAUCUGAACGUAUGUACGAGGAGGUAUGACAAAGAGGUGGAGAAAGUGUUGGAACCAUGGGUAUUUGAGUGGAUUCAGCAGAGAGAAGGCAGUAUCUCUGCUGAGCAUGGGUUGGGUUUGGCGAAAAAGGAAGCCAUUGGCUACAGCAGGAGCGAGACCAUGAUCAAGCUGAUGAAGCAGAUUAAAAAUCUUUAUGACCCGAACGGCAUUAUGAACCCAUACAAGUACAUUUAG